GACAUAAACAUCUGUGACUUGUGAGAAGAAUAAAAAACAAUGUCAAAAAUGGCGGCCAAGUCAAAGAAGCGGCUGUCUAAAAUAGAAAAUAAAUUAUUAAAAUUAGAAAAAUUAGAACUUAAUGAUGUUAUUUGUUCAAUUUGUCAAUCUAUUUUAAUAGAACCAGUAACUUUACCAUGCAAUCAUGAUUUUUGUCAAAGUUGUUUUAAUAGAAGUAUUGAAAAUAAUGCUUUGUGUUGUCCUCUAUGUCGACUACGAAUAGGUUCUUGGUUACGAACAGCGACAAAACAAAAGAAUUUAGUAAACAGUCAGCUAUGGAAUUUUAUGAAAACCAAAUUUAUUGAGCAGAUUGAUAAAAAAUUAAAAGGAGAAGAUAUUAAUAUAUCACCAGAAACAUUAUUACCUAGAAUAUGUGAACCAGGAGAAAUUCGAUCUGAAUAUGAAGCUGAGCUUAAAAGGUUAAGAGUAGAGCGCUUGCGGCUUGAACAACAGGAAUUCAAUAAAACAGAGCUUCUCAUCAAAAAACUUAAAGAUGAAGAAGAAGAAGCCCAUAAGAGAUAUUUAGAGAACAUAAAACAAGAUGAAUUUCUUGCUAAAAAGUUACAACAAGAAAGUGCAAAAACAACAACAGUGUAUAAAUCUCCAAAACGUAGAACUAUAACAGUUUCCUUAACCAAACCUCGAUUAAGACCAACAACUAUAGACAGUUAUUUAAAGAAAUCUUCAGUUCAAGCAACUAUUGUUAAUAAUAGCCCACAUUUGACUGAAGACAAUACCAGCACAGAUAUGUCAACACCAAUAGGAUCAAACAAAUCAAACAGCAGACUUUCACCAGAAAUGCUACCAAGCUAUGGGAAACUUUUAAAAAAUUUCUUAGAUAAAAAAAUUAAAAGUGGAACUAAAAUGUGGAAUAAAGAAAACGGCAAAAGCCUUCAAGAAGAGAAAAAAGAACAACAGGUCAUUGACAAUAGCCAAGAUACUACUGAUGAAAAAAAUGUUGUAAAAACAAAAAUUGGUAUACAAUCAUUACUUGUCUCGUUGCCACUUCCUCAUUCGGGAAUACUGCAUAAAACCAGUAUGCCAGAAACUCGUAACGUAGAAACAAGUAGUGUGGAUUCAAUGCAACAAGAGUUAUGCUACUUUAAACCAAUUGAGGGAACAACACCUACUAGUUUUAAAACAAUAAAGGGUCUACCAUUGCGAGUACCUUGUAUACGAGCAGAUAAAAAUAAUGAUACACCCCUCAAUGAAACUCCACCGAGCCGUGACCAAUAUAUUGAUGGAUUAUGUAGACUUCGGAAUUUGUCGUUGGCACAAAACAUGCCCUCAGCUUUUGUUAUUGUGCUUGGGUUACUUAAAGCUAAAAAGCAUAGUUUAAAAAAAUGCUCUACCUACACACGGUCGAGGGGUAAAAAAAGUUCUUCUAUAAACUUAAAUCCCGAAGAACUCCCUCUACCUUCCAAACGACCGAACAAGAGUAAACGAGUAGAAGUCGAUGGUAUUACAAAACAUAAUGAUAACACAACAACUUUAAGACGCACCAGAUCAAUGGGAAGCAUUUCUAAGGAUGAUAAUGAAGUGACACCUAAGAAAAAAUUUAGAGACAGAAAAUAUAAUUCAGAUAGGAAACCAUAUUUAAGGAGUGAUUCUAAAAGAAUGCAUCUUAACAUGGAUUCAUAUAGUCCACCGUCUUUGAGCGAAUCAAUAAAUAAUAAUAAGGUCGAUUUAGCUGUAAAAAAUUUAUCUAGUCCGUUAGAAAAUUGUGACGUCAAGAGCAUUUUACGAGAACAGCUUCGAAUCGAGAAAAUUAUUGAGCAGGAAAAGAAUGACUUGGAACUGGCUCUGAAGAUUGACGCGGAGUGGAACGGGCGCCGCCAGCCGCGCCGCGCCGCCGCCAAGCGCCCGCUCGGCCUCGCCUACGCGCUGCGCCCCGCCAAGAAACUCAAAGUUUAGGGCACACACGCUACCUCAAUAAAGGUCAUGUUAUUAUUAUUCUUAUUUUAAAUUUCUAUUCGAAUGAAAAUCGUGCCAACGAGAAAUAUAUUGCUGACUAUAAGAUUAUAUCAUUUUCGUACUGCCAUAAUUUUUUAAAAUGUACUUAAAGUUACUGUCAUGCAUGAAAGUAAUCCAAUAAUACAUAGGACAUAGAAUCAUUACAUAGUACAGGGUAUGUUUAUUAAAAUUCAUUAUAUAACCUGAUAUGAAGUUAAGCUCACACGGAGUAGCAAUAUUAUUAGUGGAGAUUAAUUCUUAUUGGCACGAUUUUUAGAAUUACAAAUUCAUUACUUUAUUUGAACUUUACUUAAAGAAGUGAAUAACUAAAUUUUUAAGUAUAGUGAUUGAUUUAAAAUAAUUUAUUCUCAACUGCAAAUUACCCACCUCGAUUAUUUACAACCCAAAAGUAAUUCGUAUAUUUAAAUACAUAAUUAACAAUUAUUUUAUUAGUACAUUUUAAUAUUACAUUUUAUUCAAUUUCGUUAAAUCUUGUCUUCCGAGCCAUACUAAAAUAGAAAAAAUAUCUUUAAAAAAGAUUCAACAUUGUUUUAUAACAUUCACAACUAAAUUAUUGAUUAUACUUAUAUUAUAGGAGGAGACUGCUUUAAUUCAUUGUAAAAAGUUGUAUAAUUUUUUUUACAAAAAAAAAAUGAAAAAAAAAAUAGCAUGCUAUAAAAAAUAGGCCAGGUCGGGAUUAAAGAGGUCGACAUAUAUCGGCCUCUUUAGUUUUCUCCUCUCCAGAUAACCGGAACAUCCGCCAUUUUGGCAAAAAAAUAACAAAGAUAUUAUUAUCAUAUUUAACUAAUAUCAGUUUUCUGAACUGUUCUACGAUAAAAAAAAAGUACAAAUGAAAUUAUAUAAAAUUUCAUGCUUAAAUAGGAAAUGUCAAGUAUAUUGAUUGUACAAUAUACGAUUGUAUUGUUUCUUCCAAAUUUGCGUACCUAUACUCACGAAAUCGUGUAGUUAUACUUCUAGAACAAAUAUGGCGAUAAAAUUAUUCAGUGCAUAUGAAACUCUAGUUAACUUUUAGAAUAUCGGUUGUUAGUCUGUAAAUGAAGA